AUGAUCUCUUUCCGAUCCUUCCUUUUGCUGCUGCUUGCGGGACAAUGCAUUUUCUCGGAUGGUCUACCCUGGGGAAGUCUCCUGCAGACCACCUACUCAAGUCAACGCUACCAAAGAUCCUCCAAGCCUCUUUUCCUGGCAAGAUUCGGUGCUCAGGCAUCGUUGGUUUGGAAUGGCACUACGAUCCUCGAUCACAACGUUACUGGUGGGGCUUUCGUGGCGGACAAAGGCAAUGACAGCGACUUCGAAGACACCAAUGACGACAGCGACUUCGAAGACGCCAAUUGCAGCGACGGCGGGGAAUGCAGCAGCGACAAUGAAAGUGUUGAUGAGACUACAGCUAUCAGCACCCAGAAGAAGAAAGUUCUACCAGCAGCCCCUCCUCAUUGCAACGACGACGACGACAAUACAGAGUGGAGCUUUCUUUCCCGAGUGUUUUUCACCACCAAAAACAGCAAAUUGGCAAAUACUCUCACGGAACAGAUCCAAGCCUUCAAGGAACGAAAUUCCGUCAACUCUACUUUUGAUUUUGUAGGAGCUUUUGCAGAUCGAAUUUUGAGCAAAGAAACUGCCACGGCUGUCAAGACCAUCCGUACCAUACUCACCAACAUGGAAGAUCACGGUGUCGUAGACGUCUUUUCCAAGUAUUCCUCACAAGACGUGGCGGCAGCUCUCUAUUGCCUCUACCGUUUGCAACGAGCCACCAAACGAUACGAAACUCUACUCGACCUGCAGGAGCCCGAUCGCCACCCGGAAGACCUGCUGCAUGUUUUGGAAGAUCUGUCUCAUUAUGUAGUCUAUGCGAACGCUGCCUAUGGAUGGAAAAUGGAUCUCGCCUUUAAGCGAAAACUUCAUCUUGGAGAUGAACAAGCCCUCAUGAAAAAGACUGGGAUACAACAGGAAGAUAUCCUAAAGCUAAGCUUGAAGUCCAAAGCUCAUGUUCCGGCAUACUUCUUGGUGCGAGAUCGUCGUCAAAAGGCACUGGUUCUGGGUGUCCGCGGGACUUGGUCGGCCGCAGAUGUCUUGACCGAUCUAUGUUGCACAGCAGAAGAAUAUAAAGGGCCAUCUGAUGAUGGUAGUAGAGGUGAUGAUGGUGAAUCUACACGACAACAAUACCGAGCCCAUCAUGGCAUGUUAGAGGCCGCCAUGGCGGUUGCAAUUGACAUGGAAGACAUGAUUGAAGAGGAGUUAAGGGCCAACCCUGACUACUCAUUAGUGCUAGUCGGGCAUUCCAUGGGGGCUGGUGU